AUGUUUGACACAUUCCAUGCGGCGGAAGCAUUAAAUUUAACGUCGUUGUCAUUAGCUUAUUUAUUAAAAGAAUACUGUCAUAUCGUAGCAAAUAAACAAUACCAACUAGCCGAUUGGAGAAUAAGAUAUAUUCGUUAUGCACGUGAAGAUACACAUUAUCUUCUAUACAUUUCGGAUAUUCUCCGUAAUAAAUUGUUGGAUAUGAAACCAAAAUUAUUACAACAAGUUUAUGAAAAAUCAAAAAACGUUUGCCAAUACUAUAAACAACCGGUAUUUGAUCCGAAUGGUUAUCAAACAAUUUAUCGUGGUAAAACAUUUAACGGAAGACAAGUGGCUACAUUGAAAUUUUUAUAUUACUGGAGAGAUCGAAUAGCUCGGGAAGAAGAUGAAUCAACGGGGUAUACAUUACCAAACAAUACAUUAUUACAAAUAGCAGAAAUUUUGCCAACAGAUAUUGCUGCCACCCUUUUUUAUUAUAAUCGUCUACCAGAAUUAGUCCAAGAAAAAUUGCAUGGGAUAAAUGAAAUUAUACUUCAAUGGAUUAAUGAUCCAUCUGACAAUAAUUUACCAGUAAUUCCCAGUUAUGAACCAAAAAAAUUAACAAAUGCAAGAUCAAUCGCCGUGCAACGUCGACCAUCCACGCCUGUCAGUUUAGGUUUGAUUGAUUCUCAACGAGGUCUGUCGCCUGACUUGACAGGUAUCGCCGCGCCUGUCACUUUAGGUUUGAUUGAUUCUCAGCGAGGUCUGUCGCCUGACCUGGCAGGUAUCGCCGCACCUGUCACUUUAGGUUUGAUUGAUUCUCAACGAGAUCUGUCGCCUGACAUGACAGGUACGCAUUGGUCUUCUGGUAAUUUAUCCGAGAAAAGUUUAUUAGCUGAAAAACAAAGCUCAAAAAGUGAAAUUAAUAAGAAACGACCACAUUCACCACCAUGUCAUUCAGAACAACAAGAACCUGGGAAGAAAAAACAUUAUUCAGUCAACAAAAAGAAGAAAAGAAAUCGUCGGUCACAAGCAAAUCUGAAAAAACGAAAACAACAAGCUGCUGAAGGAGGGGUAUCGUGA